ACGACAUUUUCUCGCCCAAUCUCGAACACACACUCUCCAGACAGUCCUCGCUUGCCGAGACGAUUCAAACCGGCCAAUGAUAUCGACACAAUUCGGGAUCUCACCCGCUUCUCUCCCACAAUGGAACCACCGCAACCCAACAUGCUGGCGCCACCGGCCGUGACCUCUCUUCGGGCACAGGCCGGCGUCAUGGAACGAUCUCUGAGCGAAGAUAUUCGAGAGGAGCGAGAAGAACUACGUGAAGCUGCCGAGCAGACUCUGAAUGUCAUUCUCGACCUCAACCUCGACGGCACUAUCCGAUGGGUUAGUCCGUCAUGGACCGAUGUGAUCGGAACUCUGCCCGACUCGGUCAAAGGAACUGCGAUAGCCGAUUUGAUCGUUAGCGAGAACAAGACAGCUUUUGCGGAUACCGUAGAGUACAUGAAGAAGGACGACUCGCGGAGCCACAGAGUGCGCUUCGCCGUUACCUUGGGUCCGCUAUCCAGAUUGCUUCCCAUUGAAGGUCUACAGGACCAGGAGCCAGAUGAGGCCGAGGAGAUGGUUCCCGAAGUCAUCGACCUGGAAGCCCAGGGCAUCAUGGUGUAUGACGGUGUCUCGGGAGGGGAGAGCCAUACAAUGUGGAUGAUCCGACCCUACAUUGCACCCAGAGAGAUCAAGAUUGACCUCCCUACUGUGAUCGUUGACUCUCUUGGAUCUGGUGCCGAGGUCCUUGCCAGCUAUCUGACACAGCUAGCUGAGUCUGGCGUCGAUGAUCCUGAAAAUCACCCACCGCCUUUGCCGGUCCUGUGCCGAAUUUGCGAGCGACAAAUUUCCCCUUGGUGGUUCGAAAAACACACCGACCUAUGUUUGCAAGAGCAUCGGGCAGAGAUGGACGUACAGAUGGCGCAGGACAGCUUGACGGAUCAUCGGCAUUCCAUUGUGAAAGUCCUCGAUGCUCUCGAAGCGAGAAAAAGCCGGCCUCUUACAGGCGAUCAGCUCUCUGGCCCCGCCGCCGAGUACAAGGGACUACCGAUUGGCCCUCCUUUAUCAGCCUCAUCGUCCCCUGGAAGCUCAGUUUCGCAAUCUAGAGAACGAACUGGUGGUUUUGGUCACUCGCGAGCUCGUUCAUUUGCUAUCAGACGUCCUCAGGCAAGAAUCGUGGAAUUGCUUCUUGACCUCUGCGAUACCGCCAUCGAGGUCAGCACCCCAGCGGUGAAGGAGGCUUCAUCGCAAAAUCCCGGCGAGAUCAGGACGCAAUCUCCUCAAUCCGAGUCCCGCAUCUCACAAGUCAUACAGUGGCAAUCGCCCAGCACCAACACUUUGGAACAGGAACAGGGCCUGGCACUGCUCUGUGCUGACACUGAGAAAGCCGCCAAAACCAAAGUCGAGGCAGUUUUCAGACAUCGGAAAAUUAUCGAGUAUGCAGAACGCAUUAGAAUUGAGUUCGCUGUCAUCGUUCAAGACUGCAUUGAUGAAGCAAUGCGGAAAGCAGCUCGAAUUGCUGCUGGCCGCCUGAGCGAUUCGACCGAGGACGAAGAAGAGGAGCAAGCCACGCCGGCUCAGGAGGAGCUCUUCUUCCAGGGAUCUUUUGAGAAGCCUUCCGCCCUCGCGGCUGCUCUCCAAAAUGUCAGCCUUAAUGAUAACACCGAGAGGCCAAGGCCGACCUCCUUUGUGGGAUCAGCGCGCUCAAGUAGCCCUAGAGAGUGCCCGACGCCGAGAUCCAAUCUGGGAGGCUUGAUUCCAAUUGCGCCUGCCCGUGAGUCCCGGCGAGAAUCGUUGCUUUUCGAGAGUGACGCUGGAGACAGUGACGGAAGCAUUCGCUCUUCUUCUGUGACUUCACGACAGCCACCGCGCACCGACUCCCCGAUAUCUGAGUUUGGCGAUCUUCGUCGGGCAGCUAGCUCGAGACAGCAUCAUCGUAGAAGCAUCAUACUACCCGGUACGGCUUCACCUCGACGACAAGAAUCACCUUCACGAAUGAACCAGCCAUCAUCCCCUCUUCGAAUCCUCAAGCCGCGCAACUUCCCGUUCCCGCAAGAUGGCCUUGCCUCACCAGAAGCAUCGCCCUUGCUCCCUGGGAGCGAUUUCAGCUCGCCAGCUCAUUUGCCAGCAAACCACCACCGUCGACAAUCCUCGGCUGCCAUGUCCGAGUUUGUGAUGAAAGGUCCGCCCUCCCCCAGAAUGGCCGCUCACCAGCCUCCCCCCCAGGCAAGGCCGGCGCCACCUUCCAUCAAAGAUUUCGAGAUCAUCAAGCCAAUCAGCAAAGGCGCUUUUGGCAGUGUUUACUUGUCCAAGAAGAAAUCGACAGGAGAGUACUUCGCUAUCAAAGUGUUGAAGAAGGCAGACAUGGUGGCCAAGAAUCAAGUGGGCAAUGUCAAGGCUGAACGCGCCAUCAUGAUGUGGCAAGGUACGAGCGAAUUCGUCGCCAAGCUCUACUGGACCUUUUCCAGCAAAGAUUACCUGUAUCUCGUCAUGGAGUACCUCAACGGUGGCGACUGUGCAUCUCUGAUCAAGGUACUUGGUGGUCUUCCGGAAGACUGGGUGAAGAAAUACCUGGGUGAGGUGGUUCUUGGCGUGGAACACCUGCACAGUCGAAGCAUUAUCCACCGCGAUCUCAAGCCAGACAACUUGCUCAUCGAUCAAAAGGGCCAUUUGAAGCUGACGGAUUUUGGUUUGUCACGCAUGGGCUUGGUUGGACGACAGAAGCGAGCACUGAACAAUCAAAAUGCCGACCCAACGCCCGAUCUCCUCAAGCAGGGACCAUUUGCUCGCUCGGCAUCUCUGGCAUCGUCCCGGUCCACCUCGCUCGACCUUCACGGUCAUACACAUUCACCCAGCAUGACGCCACAGAUGACCCCUGACACUGGUUCCAGCGGCGGCCAGCCCUCAUACUUCGCCUUGGGUGGACCAGAGGCGCGACGAGUCUCCAGUCACCGUAGCGAUAGCGGUGGUAGCGAAACCCUUACCCGCAUGCUCAAUAGCUUUUCUUUGGCCGAGCAAGAGCAUACUGCCCCGACCCAAAACGCACAGUCGACGCAGGAUGAUGCGAGCGAAAGCACCGGCCAGGCCUCGCCAGACAUGGCCGCUCUCCAUCACACCAGCACUCAGUCCAGCAUCGACUACCUGGGCAAGAAUACUCCCCCUCAGUCUACAAUGAUGCCACCGCCGAUGGCCUUGUUCGAUCCGGAAGAUACCAAUCGCCGUUUUGUGGGGACGCCCGACUAUCUCGCCCCCGAGACUAUUAAGGGCGAGAAGCAAGAUGAGACUAGUGAUUGGUGGUCUGUUGGUUGCAUCAUGUUUGAGUUCCUCUACGGAUUUCCGCCUUUCCAUGCCGACGAAGCCGAGCAAGUCUUUGAAAACAUUCUAGCACGCAGGAUUCAGUGGCCGGAUGAGAACGAAUGCGAACCAAUUUCGGAGGAGGCGAAGGAUCUGAUCAAUAAGCUGCUCUGUAUGGAGCCCCAGUCGCGCCUUGGAGCUAAUCGAGAGGAUAAGUUCCCUUGCGGUGGAGACGAGAUUCGCAGCCACUCCUGGUUUGAGGGCGUCAAUUGGGAGACUCUUUUACAGGAUGAGGCUCAGUUCGUCCCUCAGCUCGAGCAUCCUGAAGACACCGAGUACUUCGACGCUCGAGGCGCCGUAUUGCAGUCAUUUGCCGAAGAGAUGGAGGAUCAGCUAUCUCCGCCAGUCUCUGGCGUAGGUUCUGACUAUCACGAUCGGCCGCAUGAUGCCCUGUCCAGGGUCCGAUCUCAAGUCAACUCGAUCAAACGCAACUUGAUGCCUCUGCACAUUCCUCCACACGUUAGGGACUUGAAGAGUAGACGACUUAGCGAGCCUGUUGUUGCAGAUGACUUUGGGAGCUUCGCCUUCAAGAACCUCCCUGUGCUAGAGAAAGCCAACAAGGACGUCAUUCAGAAACUGAGAGCAGAAGCAUUGGCAUCUCAAAACAAACCUACCGUCGUAAGCCCUGGCGGUAGCGUCACUUCCCCUGGCCCAGCUCUCGAGGGCAGCCCGGUACUAUCCAACCCUGUCCAGAGAACAAUCUCCAAUGCGAAGAACCGACCCCAGUCGCCUUCCGGUCUCAGCCAUGCGGCCUCGUCCCCUAGCAGGGCAUCCCAACCAUCGUCGCCCCUCUUAGUCUCAUUCGUUGCAGGCCAAGGCAGCGAGGGCCGGCGCAAGGCCUCCAGCAACUCGUCAAGCCUUUCACAGCAAUCGAGCGUAUCUCACCAGCCUACUUCCCUCGAUAUACCCCGAGUUCCACCAAGCCUGCAAAAGGCGGCGACCAGUGCAGCUGCCUCCCCGGUCAAGGGUCGCGGGGCUGCACCUCCUCCACCGCUGGCCCUCUCACCGCAGAAGAUGGUGUCAACGCCCAGACAUGCCUCUAGCAGCCGAUCGAGGUCUUUGACUGUUGGCUCGCAGUCUCAAGAAGGUAGUCCCAUCACUUCCGAUGUUCUGUCACACCAUCGCAAUCGUCGCAGCCAGGUCUUUGACAUGUCACCUUCCUCGUCCGACAACGAAGGCGAGAAGCACAACGCGCUUCUCCGAGUGCAGCGUCGCCGCCAGAGUUCUCGCCGUCUUUCCCAAAUUGCCUUUGAUGGAGGUCCGAUGUUCCGCCCACUGGAUGUUUUGAUCUGUGAGGAUCAUCCGGUCUCCCGCAUGGUCAUGGAAAAGCUUUUGGAGAAAUUACGCUGCCGAACCAUCUCGGUAGCCAAUGGUUCGGAAGCUGUGAGAUAUGCCAUGAGCGAGAUCAAGUUUGACAUCAUCUUCUUGGAGUAUAGAUUGCCUCAAAUCAACGGUGCAGAUGUGGCUCGGAUGAUUCGGGAGACUAAGAACACGAACUCGCAUACGCCCAUCGUCGCUAUCACGGCUUAUCUGAAAGAACUCCAGGCUCCGCACUACUUCGAUUCACUGAUUGAGAAGCCCAUUUCGAGUUCCAAGUUAACCGAAGUUCUCAAGAAUCUCUGUCAAUGGAAGCCGGAAUCGCCUGGCGUCAACUUCUCCAUGUCCCUUGGACACCCUCACCCUGUCCCUUCUGGCCUCCGCCAAACCAGCUCUCGUGCAGAUGACAGCCCGACAUCAAGCUCAUCGCUCUAUGCAGGACGGCCGGGAAGCAGCUUGGUCACUUCAAGCCGGGAGGACUCCAUCAGCUCCAGUCUCUUCGGCGACUCUGAGUCAGUAUCAACGGAUGAUGUACCAGUAGUGAUCAGCAGGAAGGCCACUGGCGACUGGGACGAAGGUGGCCUGGGCAUCAGCCAGGACGAAGUCAUGCAACCCGUCAAAUCGCCAAAGUCACUGCCACAGCUUCCACAACUUGUGACGCAACAGUCUGCUCCAGGUCAGCUGGAACACACUAGACGAUCGGCGCCGCAGCCUUCGGUAGAGAAGCUGAAAGCUCGGAAAGAGUACAUAGAGAAGCGCCUUGCCGAGGGUACAGAUUCAGCUGACGAUGAGGACGAAGAGCUUGGCCUCGGCCGGGACAAGCUAUUCCGAGGCAAACCUCUGCUGCCGAGCUCCAAGCUCGGGAUUGAAAUGAUGAGGGCCGACAGCCACGACAGCGUCACAUUUGGAUCUGAAAGUACACCGGAACCUGUUACUCAAGUUGUGACGCCCUCCAAAGAGAUGGACAUGCCUUCGUACGAGACUCUGCGAGAAGUCACCACUCAUACACCCCCGGAUGCUGGCGUCAGCUCAGAAGACAAAACACUCGUUCUUGACGUUGACGAGACACCGAAACCGCCUCCGGUAAACAAACACGACGGAGACGAGAAGCCCACGCCGCGAUCGUUGGAUCGGUCUGAGUUGUCGAGGAAAUAA